CUGUGUAGUGUAAUGGAGUCUCAGUUUGUUAGCGGCCAUUGAGGCAAAAGGGAGACCUGCAGAGAGGGGGCUUGGGGGGUCGUGAUCAGGCUUAGCAGGGUACUUUAUUUGGUUUAUUUUUUGCUUUAAUAUUGUUUUUUGUUGUUUCUUCGGGAAACUUAUUUACGUGACCCUAUCGAUCUAGUGGAUUGGCCCGGGAAAAUGGAGAUGAAGAAGCGCAUCAGCUUGGAGUUGAGAAAUAAGUCCCCGUCUGAGGUGGCGGAGUUGGUUUUAGACAACUGUCGGUCCGGCGAUGGAGAGAUUGAAGGCUUGAGCGAUGAGUUUAAAGAGCUAGAAUUCCUUAGUAUGGCCAACGUGGAGCUUUCCUCUCUAGCUAAACUCCCAAAGUUGCCUAAACUCCGAAAAUUGGAACUCAGUGAUAAUAACAUCUCUGGAGGGUUGGACAUGUUGGCAGAAAGGUGUCCCAGCCUCACUUACCUCAACUUGAGUGGCAACAAGAUUAAAGAUCUGAGCACAGUGGAGGCUCUUAUAAAUUUAAAGAAUUUGAAGAGCUUGGAUCUGUUUAAUUGUGAGAUAACCAACCUAGAAGAUUACAGAGAAAACAUCUUUCAACGACUUUCCCAAAUCACUUAUCUUGAUGGUUUUGAUCAAGAAGAUAAUGAAGCUCCAGACUCAGAAGAGGAAGAUGAUGAGGGUGAAGAGGACGAUGAGGAUGAGCCAGGUCCUCCUGGUGAAUCUGAAGAGGAGGAGGAUGAUGAUGAGGAAGAGGCUGGAUCAGAUUUAGGGGAGGAAGAAGAGGAGGAGGAAGAAGUUGGGCUCUCUUACUUAAUGAAAGAGGAGAUUCAUGAUGAGGAAGAUGAUGAUGAUUAUGUUGAAGAUGGUGGAGAUGAAGAAGAAGAGGCAGAUGAAGAAGAAGCUGAUCAGGGUGUGAAAAGGAAAACGGGAUCCAGAAGAUGAGGGGGACUGAAGAUGAGGAUUGAAGCAGUCCAGAAAACUAGGACCA